ACCAGGUACUCCGUACUCCAUAUCUCUCUCAUCCUGCGAACUCGGAAGCAUCACUCAGGAACACUAGAAUCCCCCUCGGUGUUCCUGAUCCAAUCGACUGGAUCGAUAUGAUCAGCGAUUGGCAUAAACUUCCCGACGGGAAACUGUGUCGAGCAGCACAUCCUGGUCAAGCGAAGCUUCCACCACGCCACAAUGAUUGGCCACACCAUCAUUCGGGAUUCCUGGUACCUUGGGAAUCCUUCCAAAGCAGCGUAAAAAAAGUUCAUGGUGGGGGAGAGGAGGGGAAGGCUAAAACGGGGAUCUGCCAGCAUUUCUAGGUUGACUCAUAGGUAGACCUGCCUGCGAUCUCUUUUGCCUUCCCUCUCUCCCAACUUUCUUUCUUUCUCUCACUUCACUUCUUCCAAUUUCAAGAAAGAAAAGAAUCGAAUCAACUUUCUUUCUAUCUUUCUACUCUUCUGCCUCCUAAUCUACUACAUAACCUAUCCCAUCAUGUCUACUACGAACGGUGCGAAUGGCGCCCCCGACUUCACCGUCAAGGCCGGCCUGGCCCAGAUGCUCAAGGGUGGCGUCAUCAUGGACGUUGUCAACGCCGAACAAGCUCGUAUUGCCGAAGAAGCCGGCGCCGCUGCCGUCAUGGCUCUCGAACGGGUCCCGGCCGAUAUCAGAGUGCAGGGAGGUGUUGCCCGUAUGUCGGACCCGGGCAUGAUCAAGGAGAUCAUGGAGGCCGUCACCAUUCCUGUGAUGGCCAAGGCUCGCAUCGGUCAUUUUGUUGAAUGUCAGAUCCUCGAAGCAAUUGGAGUGGAUUACAUCGAUGAGUCCGAAGUCCUAACCCCCGCCGACAAUCUCUACCACGUCACCAAACACGGCUUCAAGGUUCCGUUUGUGUGCGGGUGUCGUAACCUGGGAGAGGCUCUGCGCCGUAUCGCCGAGGGCGCCGCCAUGAUCCGCACCAAGGGCGAGGCCGGCACAGGCGACGUCGUCGAGGCCGUCAAACACAUGCGCACCGUCAACGCUGACAUUGCCCGGGCGCGCGCCAUCCUCCAGGCCUCCGCUGACCCGGAGCCCGAGCUGCGCGCGUACGCGCGCGAGCUGGAGGUCCCCUACGAGCUCCUCCGCGAGACCGCCGAGAAGGGUCGUCUGCCCGUCGUCAACUUUGCGGCCGGUGGCGUCGCCACCCCGGCAGACGCCGCUCUCAUGAUGCAGCUGGGCUGCGACGGCGUGUUUGUCGGCUCCGGGAUCUUCAAGUCCGGCGACGCCAGAAAGAGAGCCCGCGCCAUCGUCCAGGCCGUCACUCAUUUCAAGGACCCCAAGGUGCUCGCCGAGGUGAGCACAGGGCUCGGCGAGGCCAUGGUCGGCAUCAAUGUCGCGCAGAUGCCUGACGCCGACAAGCUGGCCCAACGGGGGUGGUAGCCUCCUCUAUGCAUUUGGUGGAAUCUUGGAAUUGGCGAUAAAAGCGUUCAGCAUUACAUGUACAGCAGUUUAGUCUGUAAAUAUUGUACUUAAGCUCAUACCUUGGUA